AUGAACAGAUUAGCAGCACCAAGCCGGCUGGCAAGACUUCCAGCGCGCAACGUCCUCCGGGGCGUAGCUGCAAGCCGAGGGAAGACAACCGUGCCAUUCAGGCUGCCGGAUGCGCGGAACGAGCCAAACCCCGAGUACAGGAAAGGUUCUCCUGAGCGCAAGCAGCUCGAGGAGACGGUGGCCAGGCUCAGGUCUCAGAUCCCGCUGAAAAGCGAGAUCUUCAUCAAUGGCAAAGUCCAGGCAGAGUCUGCAUCAGAGAGCCAGCCGCUCCCCAGCGAGCAUGCCACCACAUUUACCAGCUUUCCCCUGGCAACCAAACAGCAGGUCUCCAACGCCAUUGAGUCGGCGCUGAAGGCCAAGAAGUCAUGGGAGCAGACGCCAUUUGUCGACCGGGCCGCCAUCUUCCUCAGGGCCGCUGAGCUCGUCUCUACCAAGUACCGGUAUGAGCUCAUUGCGGCCACCAUGCUCGGCCAGGGCAAGAACAUCUGGCAGGGAGAGGUCGAUGCCGCUGCCGAGCUGGCCGACUUCUUCCGACUCAACUGCAACUAUGCUGCUGAGUUGCUUGAGAGACAGCACGAUCGUGGAACCCCGGGCAUGUGGACUCGGCUGGACUACCGACCACUGGAGGGUUUCGUCUAUGCCAUCUCGCCUUUCAACUUCACCGCUAUUGGUGGCAACUUGGUCUCCGGGCCCGCGUUGAUGGGCAACGUUGUGCUCUGGAAGCCCUCAGCGUCCAACAUCUACGCCAGCACCAUUGUCUACAAGAUCCUCCUGGAGGCCGGCUUGCCCCCAGAUGUGAUCCAGUUCGUCCCUGGUGAUGCUGAGGAAAUAACAUCCACCGUGCUUUCUCACCGGGAGUUCUCCGGCCUGAACUUUGUCGGCUCCUCUGAUGUCUUCCGCUCCAUCUACGCCAAGAUCGGCGAGGGUAUCGGCAAGAGGCAGUACCGGGACUUCCCCCGGGUUGUCGGUGAGACGAGCGGCAAGAACUUCACCCUUAUCCACCCGUCAGCCGACAUCUCCAGCGCCGUCUACCACACCAUCCGCGGCUCCUUCGAAUACCAGGGCCAGAAGUGCUCAGCCACGUCCCGUCUCUACCUCCCUCAGUCACGGUCCAAGGAGUUCCUCGACGGCAUCCAGGCCAAGGUCAAGGAAAUCACCAUCGGCAGCCCCGACAAGGACCUGUCCGCCUUCAUGGGCCCCGUCAUCCACCGCCGGUCCUUCGACAAGAUCAAGUCCGUCAUCGACGCCAGCAACAAGGACCCCUCGCUGAAGCUCCUGGCCGGCGGCAAGUACGACGACUCGGUGGGCUACUACGUCGAGCCCACCAUCUACCUCGCGGACUCGCCGACGCACCGGCUGUUCGACGAGGAGAUCUUCGGCCCCGUGCUGGCCAUCCACGUCUACCCCGACGACAAGUGGAGCUCCAUCCUGGAGCAGGUCGACAAGAGCGGCGGCGGCUUCGCGCUGACCGGUGCUGUGUUCGCCAACGACCGCGGUGCCCUGAGGGAGGCGGAGGACACCCUGAGGUACUCGGCCGGCAACCUGUAUCUGAACUGCAAGACCACUGCGGCUCUCAUCGGCCAGCAGUCUUUCGGUGGCAGCAGGGCGAGUGGGACAAACGACAAGGCUGGCAGCUCGAAUUCUUUGUUGCGCUUCACCAGCCCGCGCCUGAUCAAGGAGGAAUUCUUCCCGCAGACUGGAUUCAAGUACCCCAGUAAUGAGAACGGAGUCUUCCACGCCAUUUAUACACCUCAGUGCAGAGCUUUCCAGCCGGUGAGAGCCAACCAUGCGGUCAGGUAUCCAAGGAACUUGCGCGAACUUGGCGGCGCGAGCAUGGAGACCCAGUGGGACCGUCCGCCAGAGACCGGCGCCAUGGAGACCAACCCGGAGGGAGUUGCAAACACGGAGAGCGUGCCGACCCAGACGCACUAA